GCACGCGUGGGAAUAUAUCGCGAUCUAUUAGAGAAGACGCGAGAGAUUCUUAUCGAGAUAUUUCAACUGUAACUACCACGCGCAGAUUAGAUUUUUUAUACGUACGUAUUUUACGUGUGUCUGAUGAAGAUUUUAGAAUACGAUGUUCCGUUUGACGAAAGAAUUUUCAAAUUGAUUACGUUCCCAAAAUUUGAAAGUACUUAGAAGCAGAAAAAAAAACAAAAAUAAGAUACGUUCAUAUACACCGGUUCAUUAUUUUCUAGAUGGCAUUUCUAUAUGCGCGUAGUGUAUAAGGAAAGUGAGAAUGAGAAUGACGAGAAUAAGACUAAGAAGAAUCAUAACGAGAGUAGGUGUAUAAGGUGAAGUACAUGAGACGCGAGUUGCACGAGGUUCGUGCGGGGAUGUGAUAUAAAAGGCGGUUGAAGAUGGAUCGGGUAUCGCAGAUCAUCCUGGCGGCUUGUUCGGGAAGAAAGGAUCGCUAACUCGCGAGAAUUUAUUAGAAGAAAAAAAAAAAAAAAAAAAACACAUAAAAAAAAGCCCGAAGAAAGGAAUGAAAAAUUCAAAUGCGGAGAGGAGAAUAAUAACGCGUCACGUGAUAUCCUCCGCGAGGUAAACGAGCGAAAGGUCAUCAAAGGUUAACGGCUAAUAAAACUGAGGAGAGCAAAAGCCGAGUGCAAUUUUCACCUGUGAAUAUUACGAUCGAAUCAUCGCGAAAUUUUCAUUUUCUAAAAGAACCGAAAUAAAUAAAUAAAUAGAAAAAAGAAAAUAAAUAAAUAAAAAAUCAGCACAGGGAUGUACGGGGUUCUUUUAUUUCUACACGUCGCAGCAGCGGUCGUCGCCCAAUCGGCGCCGUUCAGUCACGAAGAUCGCGGAAGCGCCGAUUUCCGAGCAUCGGAUCGAAUCGUUCGCGACAAUUUCGAUCCAUCGGAGGAGCGAGUUCGACAAUUUUCGGAAACCGGAUCCGCAGACGACGAAAAAGAAAGCGCUCUCCGAAAGCCCGGAAUUCUGGAUCCGGAAGUAGCCGAUCAACUCGAGGGAAAUGGGUGGCUCGACGUGAUCCCCGGUAUACCGGGAAGGGAUUACCCCAACUACGAUAAAAUUCCGAAGACCUCGUUUUCCUGCUUCGAAAAAACACCGGGCGGUUAUUACGCGGACAUCGAGGCGCGUUGCCAGGUUUUUCACGUCUGCAGCACCGAGGGUGAAAAAAUAUCGUUCAUGUGCCCGAGCGGCAGUAUAUUCAAUCAAAAAUAUUUCGUCUGCGAUUGGUGGUACGACUUCGAGUGCGACGACGCCACGGAUCUGUACUCGUUGAACGACGAGGUGAACCGAGGGGGCACGGGAUCCGGGCCCGGAGGACCCGGAAGAAUCGGGGAGGAAUUCGACUACCCCGCGGAAGGAUCAUCGUCGUCGUCGUCGUCGUCCCUGCAAGAUUCCCGCGGGAACGGAGAACCUUACCAGACAUCCGGCGGCGGUUUUUCGCGCGACGUGGAGCCGGGAUUCGAUCUGUCUUUGGCGGGAACCGGAGAAGGUGGUCCCGGUUACGCGCGAAGAGGAAGUAGCAGCGGCGGGGGAUACCAGAGCAACGUGAACGAGGAAAUACCUCGCGGCGAUAAAAGGGGUGGCAAAAACCCGUCCGACGAUCGCGGGAUAAUUGAAUCCGCGGCGGCUUCGAAAGGUCGAGAGGUUCGAUUCGAACGAAUCGCUGAUAAGGCGGAGUCGACGGUCGGUGGAAAAAAAUCGCGAGGGAAAUUUUUAAGCUCCGCUACGAGCGCUCGCGGCGAUCAAGAUCGUGGAGGAAAUUUAGCAGCGGAUGUUGGAGGGAACGGGCAGAACUUCCGGCUGCAAAAUGGCCCGCUAGUUUCCGAUGGAAUUUCUAACGGCGGUAAUUACCAGAGAGGAAAUAUAAAUGCGAACUCCGACGUCGCCGACACCGUAGCUGACGCUCUUCCUACCGAUUAUAAUUUCCGCGACGCUGGAGGACGCGGGAAAAAUCAGCGUCGGGAUCGCCAGGAGAAAAUUAACCCGGCGGCCAACGAAAACUUGGCGAAGAAUAAAGGAGCGGUCGAAAGAGCGGGUGGCUCCCUUUCGACCCGCGACAACGAUCAGCGACAUUUUUCUUCGGCUACGUCGGCGGAGGAAAGGGAGGGCGAAUUCGUAACGCAGAUUCCCGAUUCGGUCAAACAGAGUCAAAGACAGAGGAACACGUACCUCAACUACAAAAGCAAGGAGGGUAAAGAAGGAGAUUUUCGAAAUUCCGGGAGUUCGAAGAGUUGGGGGGACCGAAGGGAUGUCGAAUCAGUUUCGGGAUCCAGAAAUCCCGGAAAACUUACGGAAGCCCGUUCCCCCGGGACGCCGACCGAUCUGGACCGAUCCGACCGGAAGAAGGACACGAGGAUAUCCGACUUCGAGGAUGAGGAGAAUAAUUUCGCGCCUUCGGGAUCGGGGCCGAUUAAUUCUUACGACUCGAGACGACAGCGCGGAGAAUUACGUUCGCUUCAAACUACGUCCGCGAUCGGAAACGAAGGCGAAAAUUUAUCGCGGUUGAAUCAACGCCCUCGACAAAGUAACGGUAAAAAUUAUCGAGCGGCAGAUUAUCUCCUGGGGGUCGUUCCGGGAGAAGAAAAUAUGAGGAACGGUAACGAACCGAAUGAGCAGCUGAGAUUGUUACCACUUUUGUAAAGUCGACUGAUUAAACGAAUUUGAGUAAUA